GGUGGGGGGGAAGGUGUCGGUGUAACACAGGAAGAGACUGCGGCUGAAUGUGAUCUCAGGGCCGCGCUCUCUCUCUGUCUCUGGGCCGCGGGUGAUGGCGGAGCCGAGGCCGAGGCCGAGGCGGGGGCUGUGUUGGCUCGGGCUCGCCCUGACCCUCGGGGCCUCCUGCCCGGGGAUGGCCGGGGCCUCGCAGGGAGACCGGGAGCCUUAUUACCGAGACUGUGUGAGCGGUUGUGUCAGCGCCAACUGUACCGGACCCCGACUCCGGGCCUUUCACACCCGACAGCCCGUCUACAUGCGGCUCACAGGCUGGACCUGUGAGGAUGACUGUCGAUACGACUGUAUGUGGGCCACAGUGGGACUGUACAUCACAGAAGGAUACAGAGUGCCUCAGUUUCACGGAAAGUGGCCCUUCCACAGGUUCCUCUGUUUCCAGGAACCUGCCUCUGCCUUUGCCUCAGUGCUGAACGGAUUGGCGAGUCUGGUGAUGCUCAGCAGAUACCGGUCGGCAGUGCCAGCCACGUCGCCCAUGUACCGGACCUGCAACUCGUUUGCCAUGGUGACGUUGAACGCAUGGUUUUGGUCCACAGUGUUUCACACAAGAGACACCUUCCUAACAGAGAAAAUGGAUUAUUUCUGUGCGUCCGCAGUGGUGCUGUACUCCAUCUACCUCUGCUGUGUGCGGACUCUGGGGCUGAAUCACCAGCUGAUCGCCAGUCUCUUUGGGGCACUGCUGGUGUUCCUCUUCGCAGGUCACGUCUGGUACCUGACCUACGUACGCUUUGACUACGGCUACAACAUGGCAGCGAAUACACUGAUAGGUGUGGUUAACCUGCUGUGGUGGCUGGGCUGGUGUCUGUGGCAGCGCCGGGUUCUGCCCUACGUGUGGAAGUGUAUGAUUGUCGUCACGAUGCUGCACGGAUUCGCUCUCCUGGAGCUGCUGGACUUCCCGCCUUUACUGUGGGUGCUCGACGCUCACGCACUCUGGCAUUUUAGCACCAUCCCUGUCCCAUUCCUCUUCUACAGUUUCCUAGUUGAUGACAGCCUACACCUUUUCAAGCUGAAGACAGAAUUCGGGAAAGCAGAGUGAGCUGCCUGAGAGGAAAGGGAACUGAAUGUCGGAUACACUGCCUCAACCUUUCAAACCCCAACCCAAUGAACUGCCACUAACACUAACCCCCUGCCCUGAUGUGGACUGGCCAAUUUUAAAGCCUUCAUAUUAUCAUUAUUAUUUAUAUUUUGCUGCCUGUUCUCUCUUGAUUUUGAAUGUGUUUGCGCGUGGAUUCGAAGCACGAAGGCUUUACAGAAUGCGUUUAAAAUUCAACCCACUUCCCCUUUCCCGCUCAGGCCCCCUCCCCAGAAAAAUGACACCCCAAUGGUUGUUUAUUCUGAACCGAACACUGAAUGUUUCUGGUACGAACGAACACUGAUAGUGCUGCUGACCAGUUGAGUGUCUGGUCACUUGUGCCGAAUUCCUGCAAUAACGGGCGAUGCCACACGAUGGCGCAAUGCCACCGUGUGCUUUACUGGGAAUGGUAUCCUGGACUGGGAACGCUAUUCCGGUUGUGUGUGUGUGUGUGUGUGUGUGAGACACACAUCUGCCCACCCUCACCUGUGUGGCAAACACCUGCCCGCACUCACACUGAGCUCCAUCCACCCUACCCUCCGCUCCCUUCCAGCUGAGGAGGACAUUUUGCCCUAAUUCAUUGGAUGAACAUUUUGGGUUGAGUUUGAAUCGAAAACAACACAGUUAAGAGUUUGGAGGGCAGUUGGAUGGAAAUCAAGUGAACAUUUUAAUUCAUUGAGUGUUUCCUCGUUUCACACAGUACCCAACACUGCAGAUAUCUAAUGUGCCUCAUUAUACAUGUACACCGCAUGUUUCUGACUAUUGAUGACACACGUACAGAGCCUGUAUCCUACCAUUACACACAUGUAACACAGCAUGCAUCUAACAUUGUUCAUAUAGACUUAAAUCCAUUUCACAUCUUUACAAUGAACACACACACAUACGUAACAUGUAUGUUUGAGUUAAGCGCCACUGUUAAGUGCUCUGAGACACUGCCUUGCGUGGAGAACACUGUUUGAGUGCAAGUUGUUGUGUGACGAUUACACUGAUGCCUACAAUUGUAUGAGAAUUGUCACAUGUUUUGAGUUCACUCCGUGCCCAGGCACUGGUCAGGGAUGAUAGCAACAUGGGACACAUGUUCAUACAGUCUUGUCACACAGAGACAGACAGACAGACAAACGUGUCUCAGAGCAUUUCAUUCAGUCACAGGGCUAGCGGGAGGCACUGCGCCAAACAGCAGCAGCCAGUUUGUGAAGCAAUAAAGCAAGUUUUGAAUAAAGUUCAUUGAAAUAAAAA